AGUACGAAUCUGAAUCAAUCGACAACUUUGUGGUCUUAUUCUUAAUAAAACCUUCGCUGCGUAUGCUGCGGACAAGACAUCUGUAAACAUGGCUAUGGCAAAUGCACCGUUGGAAGUUAGUUCAUUGUACUCAGCUAUAAAUGACUUUUCAGCUGCAUUGUAUAAUGAAUUGGGUCAAGACAAAACUAAACAAAAUUUUGUCUUUUCACCUUUAAGUAUUCAUUUGGUGUUAUUUUUGGCAAGUGUUGGAGCCAAGGGUUCUACUUAUGAAGAAAUAACUAAUGCAUUACGCUUACCAAAACAAGGUGCCGAAAUGCUUCCAUUAUACAAAGAAUUUUUAUUUUAUCAUGAGGAGGCAGAAGAAUUAAAACUGAAGACAGGGGUGUUUAUUGAUAAGUCUUUUAACGUUAACCCCAAUUUUAUAGAAAAGGCCCAGAGGUAUCUCGAUUCGACUGUAGAAAGUCUUAAUUUUGCUAAUGAUCCUGCGAAACAAAUCGAUUACCUAAAUGAAUGGGUGCAAAAUUACACAGAUGGCAAAAUUAAUAAUCUUUUUGUUCCAGGAAGCAUUUCUCAAGACACAAAGAUAGUACUUGCAAAUACUAUACAUUUUAGCGAUCAAUGGAAAGAUCCAUUCCUUACUGAAGAGAUGAUGGAUAUGCCGUUCUACAUCACACCAGCUAAGAGUAUUAGCAGACCAAUGUUACAUAAGGUCAAAAGAUAUCAAUACUACAAAGAUUCUACCUACAAAUUUUCUGCUAUGAGAAUUCCAUAUAAGGGUAAUUUUGACAUGAUCGUUCUAUUGCCGGAUGCUGUAGAUGGUCUUUCUGAACUAGAAUCUAAUUUAGCCAAAAUCAAUAUAAUUGAAAUGAGUAGAAAAAUGACGACACAUCUAGUAACAGUUUGUCUUCCAAAAUUCAAGAUCGAAGAGGCUUUUUCACUCCUUUCUCCAUUAAAAAAUAUGGGAUGUCCUACAAUUUUCACAGAAAAAGCAGAUUUCACCGAUCUUGCUCCAAGAACAUCUAAUUCAUUAUAUGUUAGUAAUGUUUUGCAUAAGGCUACUAUUGAUGUAAGUGAAAAUGGUACUGAAGCAACAGCCGCUACAGCUCUCAUUAUGGUAACUAAAGUUAUGACUAUUUCUAAUCCAGUAGACAAAGUUAAUUUCCAAGUUGACCAUCCGUUUAUUUUUGCCAUUGCCAAUAAAGAAUUCGUUUUAUUUAUGGGACGUGUUAAGGAAUUUUAAUAUAUGUUUAAACAUUUUAAUUAGUUUUAUAUAAUCAUUUUUAUUAGUUAUAUUUCAUGUUGAUUAUUUGAGGGCACAAGACUUUUUACUGAUUUUGAUCUUAUAAAUAUGUACUUGAUUAAUAAUGUUUUUGGUUAUUUUAGACAUAUAAAUGUAUAAAAAAUUGUAGCAAUAAAAUAUUUGUCAAAUUUUUAACAUUUAAGAUUUAUUAAAAAUAUAAUUUAUUGAUAUUUUA